AUGGGCACGCUGCAGCAGCAAUCAGUCUUGAAGGGUCUACAAACGGGAUGGGACAAGGAAAAAGAUCUGGUGCAUGAAUUGUUCGUCCGUGCGGCGGCAGUUCAUCCUAACAAGACCGCGAUAUAUUACGAAGAUACUACCGGCCAGGAACACAUGUUGUCUUUCGACGAGCUCGACAAGAUUACCAAUCGGUUGGCGCGCGCGUUGCGCAAGUAUGAUAAAUUCGGGGCUUCUCCUCAUUCCUCCUCACAAUCGUUCGUGGCUGUUUGCGUGAAGCCCUCGGAUCGUCUCCCGACUAUGUUGCUAGCUAUUCUGAAGGCGGGAAUGGCGUAUCUACCUUUGGACGCGGAGUUCCCGAUGUCCAGAGUGAAGCACAUUCUGGAGGAAGCUCAGCCAUUGAUGGUCUUGGCUGAGGAAGGAGCGGACUUGUCGAUUUAUGAGGGAGCUUUGGUGGUGACUUACGAACAACUGUUGGAAGAAGCCAAGCGAGAGCAAGAGGAUUCCCUGGCAAUAGCCGAGGAGACCGCGGAUCAGCUCGCCAUCGUCCUUUACACUUCCGGGAGCACGGGAAUCCCGAAGGGUGUGCUUAUACCUCACGCCACUCUGCUAAAUCGUCUGCAAUGGCAAUGGCGGGAGCUGCCGUUCGCCGAUGACGAGGAACGAUGCGUCUUCAAGACUUCCCUCACGUUCGUCGACAGCGUCCCGGAAAUCUGGGGUCCGCUAUUGCAAGGUCGCACCUUGGUGGUGAUGCCGAAGAACGUGACCAAGGACCCGGAGAGAUUCGUACCGCUGUUGGAGAAACACGGGAUACAACGCCUGGUGCUCGUGCCAUCGCUGCUGCGUUCAUUGCUCAUGUAUUUGGGUCUGCAAGAUAAUGACAACGUUCUCGACCGCCUAGGACUCUGGAUCUGCUCCGGCGAGACCUUGCCGGUCACGUUGGCCGAUCAGUUUUUUGCCACGUUCGGCGAUAACGUCAAGACAUUGGCUAAUUUCUACGGCAGCACGGAAGUCAUGGGCGACGUCACGUACCAUUUGCUGAGCAACCGCGCGCAAUUACAGGGGAUGGAGAAAGUGCCGAUCGGUAAACCAGUCGACAACUGCAUAAUUUACCUCGUGAACAAGGAUAUGCGAUUGGUCCCUCAGGGAGAGGUCGGCGAGCUGAUCGUGGCCGGAAGGAACCUCGCCGCGGGUUAUAUACGUGGACGGGACGCACAUAAAUUUUUGGACAAUCCUCACGCCAUCGAUCCAGACUACCCGAGGAUAUUCCAUACGGGCGACUAUGCCAAGAUUGUCAAAGGCUCCGUAGUUUACGAAGGGCGAGUGGACUCGCAGAUCAAGAUUAGGGGUCACCGCGUCGACCUCACCGAGGUCGAGAGGGCGAUCGCCAGGAUACCCGACAUCGACAAAGUUGUAGUUCUGUGUUACAAACCCGGCGAACUUUCGCAGGCACUAGUGGCCUUCAUUACUAUCGGAGACGACGCGACCCUCUCCAGCUCGGAUAUCGAGAAUCUUCUGCAAAGAACUCUACCGCCAUACAUGUUGCCGCAAAUUGUUAUCAUCGAUAGCGUACCUCUUCUCACCAACGGGAAGACAGAUCGGCAGGCAUUGCUGAAACAAUACGAGUCAUCUUGUCCUAAUGAUGAAAACGAGGUUGCUGCCAACUGCGAUUACAGCGACGUGCCGAGCCAGGACCUUGCGAAAGCUCAUGUUCUCUUUCCAACCAUUGCGUCCGUAAUCGGACGUAAUAGUCGCGCGUUGGUGACGUCGCGCGCAAAUUUCUACGAGCUCGGCGGAAACUCCUUGAAUUCGAUCUACACGGUGACCAAGCUGAGAGAUCAAGGUUAUCAGAUCAGCAUCACGGACUUCAUCACGGCGAAGAGUCUGACCAACGUGUUGGACCAUAUGAAGCUCAUAUCCAGCGAGGAGGAGCCACUGAAGGAGACCAUCGAUCAAAAGUCGUACAUCUUCGAGCCGUUGAACGACCGCCACAAGGAGGACGUAAUCAAAAUAAUCACGGAAAGCUUUUACUCGAAAGCCGAUUUGGAGCAGUGGUUGAUGCCGGACAUAACGAGGGCCGAUUACCGGAACCUGAUGGACGCUAUGUGGCAGCCUCUCGUUGAGAAAGGUCUGAGUUUUGCGAUGAAGUCAGCUCAGACCGGCAAAACGAUCGGAGUCACUCUCAACUUCGAUCUCUGGGACGAGCCCGAGUUGGUAUUGAACUCCAAGUUGAUGAUUAUUUUCGACUUCCUCGAGUACUUGGAGGGACCGAUCAGAGAGUAUAAAUUGCCGAAGGGCAAAGGCCAGAUCAUUCACAAUUUCAUGAUGACGACCAGCAGCGAGCUGAACGCGGCGGAGAACGUGCUCAUCAUGAGGCAAAUGGAAGAGUACUGCUUAGAACUCGCCAAGCAAAAGAAGUACGCCGGUAUUUUCACGACAAACACCAGCCCGCUCACACAGCAACUCGGUACGGACGUGUACGGCUACGAGUCCAUGUUAGUGUACCAAGUGAAUAAAUACGAGGCACCCGACAGCAGCAAGCCUUUUGGCAAGGCUCCCGACAGCCAACUGGCGAUCUGUUCAUUGAAAAUGAUUAACUAAAACGAAUCAAUUGAGGAUACUUUAGUAUUAAAUUGGGGCGACGUGCGAAAGAACCACACGUUGCCUCUCGACGAAUUACCCAACGAUAACGUGUUCGUAAUAAAACGAUGAAUCUGUAUAUAUUUUUGUAAAUAGUCGUGUAUCCGUGGAGUAAUUAGCAAUUGUAAAUUUCUUAAAAUGAUUUGCAUUUAGUGUUAUAUGCUUCGAAUUGGCCCAAUCGGACAGUUUGAAAGACAAAGGCCUUUGCGCUGAUAUCUGGCUAUGCAUCAAUUAAUCUCAACUAUCACGUAGCGUUUAUUUUACGCUAUAAUAAUUUGCAUAAACUGUUGGAUCGUGCGAAAGCGACAUCCAAACGAGUUCAAAAGAUCAAUCAUCAAUUAAUGUCGUAAAAUCGUCACGCGGACGACCAUGUCAUUCCUAUAAGCGAAAUAAUGCAACGUAUGUCUUGCAGACGUAUUAUUUAAGAUUAAUUUAAGAUUAGACACGCGCGCACAUGUGUAAAUCAUAAAAUUAUGUAUCGAUUAUUAAUAUAUAAGAAUAAUUUACUUUUCGAAGAAUUUUUGUCAUCAUUCUGUAGUUUCAGAAAUAUUUGCGGCGUUAUAUAAUGAGAUAUAAAGCAAAAAUUUCUCAAACGUAAUUUAUAAGUUAAUAAACGUAUUUCUUAUGACGUGACCGCAAAAUUGUGGUAAUGUAGGCAGUUACGCACAUAUUUGAAAAAUAUAAACGCACACACACAUGUUUGAAAAAUAUAAACGCACACACACAUGUUUGAAAAAUAUAAACGCACACACACAUGUUUGAAAAAUAUAAAAAAGAACUUUAAGAAAUCUUGUGCUAAGAAAUUUGUAAGAUAUUUCAAAGACAUUCUUUUAAAAAGAUAUGUUGCUUGAGUGUGAUAGAACAGUGAAAGAAAUAAAAAACACUUUCUCUU